UUUGCUUUAGCUGCACCCAAGCCUAUCACGGAUUCCAAGACGAAAUUUAACUACUGCGUUGCUCAUUUGACGCCGGAAAUUGCUGCGUUGGUUAGAGAUAUCAUUCUCCGGGAACGUACAGAUUCUUCUUACGAAGACCUCAAAGCUGCUAUUACGGAACGCUGUGGUGAAAGCAGUACGAGUGAAAUACGGAAAUUACUCACCGGCGAGCAACUUGGACAUAGAAAGCCAUUAGAACUUCUACGUGUAAUGACUAGGAGGGCUGACAAAUACAAUGUGCCUGACUCUUUGUUACUGGAAUUAUUCAUGCAUCAGAUGCCGCCAAAUGUUCAGUCUAUUCUAGCGUCGGUUGAGCCGCUCGAUUCAUCGAAAGCUGCAAGUAUCGCGGAUAGAAUAUUGUUACACCCGCUCAGAUCAAUUGCUAAUGUACAAAACGUUUUGAGACAAUAUUUAAACUGGUGGCAAAAUUUACUGAAGACAUCGAACCAUAUAUUGGAAGAAAUUCAAAGUGAAACAGCAUCAAAAUUGGAAAAGUUAUCAAUAUCUUGUAAUGCAUUCGGAAUAGAAGAAUUUGACUUUUUUUUACAUAAUGUCAUUAUAGCUGUGCGCCAUUUUAACUGUUGUUUCCUAUAAAAAUGUAAAUUGCGAGUCAAAGUCAUAAUUAAGUGAAAUCACUAAUUUAUUUUUACUAAUUGCAUUACUUCGUCCGAUACAUAUACAUAUAUGCAUCGGACAAAAUAAUGGAAUUAUAAAGCUUUGAUAAUCCAGUUAUUUGUAAUAGGAAUCUUAACUUGGGCAGAUUAACAAAACAAUUAAAUUUAAUUCUUUAGAGAAUAAUGAUGACUUCAGUAGAUGCACUUAAUAUGCACACAUUUGGUGAAAGAUUCUGCGCUUAAUGAGUAUUCUACCUUCUUUAACACAACAAACUUUUAAUUGCACUAUCACUAUUACACAUAAAAGUGUUUUCCGUGUUCUAAGCUUUCAUUGUUUAAUGUCUAGCAUUAUUAAUCCAGAUUAGUACAACCUAUUAGGAAAUUUCUUUCCGCUUGAUUUGCAUUAAUAGAGUUUCAUUAUGACAUAUUCCCGUCUUCUUGGUUAUACCUCGGAAAAUAAAAAUACUGAGAUAAAAAGGUUCAGAUAAAGAAAAGAAUUGUAAAACAGGAACGUUUAGAAUCAGGGGCAAAGUAUAUUUUUAAGUUACAUGCAGACAUAAAACGUAAUAACACUUAAGAAGAAAAUGUUUGAGAAAUGCUUCUUACAAAUUCAAAACUUUCUUUUAUAUCAACUAUGUUGAAGAAUUUCACCUGUUUCCCGCACGUGCUAAAGUUGUCUUACGUAACUUACUUUUGUGAUGCAAAUUGGAGUAACUUAUGCAACGAAUGGUAAUAUAUAGUAAGAAGUAUAUUUAAUUAUCGUAAUCAAUUUAAAUCUAAAGGGAAAAUUCAGAAUUCAGAGUUGAAAGUCGAAAUAUUUCAGUGUUCAGUCAUUUAUGUAUAAUGUAACUUUCAUAAAGUGUCAUUUAUGUAUAAACUUAAAAUACAUGUACAUAAAUUACAUUAAAUAAAAUAGACUAAUUAAUAAAGCGACAAUUUUAAAAACCAUUACGACAUUACAAGUGUACACAUUAUUAGGACUUUUGGAACAGGAGGCUUGAAAAAUUAACUGUACUGUAGUCGGGAUUCAAACCAUGAGUAUUCCAGAUCGUAGGUGAAUAUGUAACCACUUAUAACAAGAGCAAAGGUAAUUCUCAAAAAUUUACUCCAGUUUAAGAACCACUGGGGAGAGGCAUGAGAACCAGUCAUCUGUAUUGAGUCAUCCAUAUCCCAGGCAUCCGUAUAGCGAGAUAUCGUUCCCAUUUUCUUAGUUUGGUCUCCAUUGCAGAAAAACGUUUUGAGGGGCAACAAGAAAUGUGAAAAUUUAACUAUGCCCUCGCCAGAUAUCGAACCACAGAUCUUCCAGUUAAGUAUUUUCGGUAUGUUAACCACUUAAACCAUAACACCACGCUUGAGAAAGUAGUAAUUCCGUCCAUAGGAAAAUGGAUGUGUAAAAAUUGAAAUUUUAAAUGUCAAGUUAAUACAGAUGAAGAAUAAAGUUGUAUCAUUGUUUUAUUAUUGUAUCAUUAUUUAACAUUAAGAAAUAAAUAUUUUGUUUAAAGAAAUUAAACAUGUUGAACAGAAAUUUUCCGAAUAAAA